AUGAAACUGUAUAUUGCCUACGAUACUUGUUCUCGAGCCGCUCAGCUUGUUGCAAACGAGCUUGGCAUUGACCAUGAGCUUGUCCACUUUGAUGUCUUUGGCAAGAGCGCAUCAAACGGAGAAGACUUUGCAAUUAUCAACCCUCUACUUUAUGUACCUGUUCUAAAGCUUGACAACAACAAAGGCAAUGAUGUUAUAUCUGAAACAAUUAUCAUCUGUUCAUAUUUCGCCGAUCAACGCCCAGAGUCUGGCAUGCACCCGCCACCUGGUACUCUUCACCGUGCAAAAGCCGAUCAGUUUCUCGUUCAGCUUGCAACCGAGAUCGCGCAGAAGCACAUCCCACUUAUGCGCAAGCUGAUGACCGAGGAAGGCAUCCAAUUCAACUCUAACAAGCUCCUAAGAGCAUACCAACUCUUAGAGGACCGACUCGCGGAUGGUCGCUCUUAUUUGUUUGGUGAGAAUCUUACUAUAGCCGAUGCAUAUGUAUGGGGUACUCUUUGGAACAGUCGCUCUGGUGUGAGAAUUGAUCAUCUCAAAAAAUUAGCGGCGUGGAAGCUUCGUAUAGACGCUCGUCCGGCUGCUGUUAAAACAAUUAGGGAAGAGGCCGAAAUUUUGGCGACUCACAAGGCCCAAAUUGAAGCCCGCAGCGUCUAA